CAGCGCCGCGCAGCCCGUACCCUCACACAAAGCCCAGACGCGGAGAAAAUGGCGGCAGGGGUCGAAGCGGCGGCCGAGGUGGCGGCGACGGAACCUAAAAUGGAGGAGGAGAGCGGCACGCCCGGCGUGCCAAGUGGCAACGGGGCCCCGGGCCCGAAGGGUGAAGGAGAGCGACCUACUCAGAAUGAGAAGAGGAAGGAGAAAAACAUAAAAAGAGGAGGCAAUCGCUUUGAGCCAUAUGCCAAUCCAACUAAAAGAUACAGAGCCUUCAUUACAAACAUACCUUUUGAUGUGAAAUGGCAGUCACUUAAAGACCUGGUUAAAGAAAAAGUUGGUGAGGUAACAUACGUGGAGCUCUUAAUGGACGCUGAAGGAAAGUCAAGGGGAUGUGCCGUUGUUGAAUUCAAGAUGGAAGAAAGCAUGAAAAAAGCUGCGGAAGUUCUAAACAAGCAUAGUCUGAGUGGAAGACCACUGAAAGUCAAAGAAGAUCCUGAUGGUGAACAUGCCAGGAGAGCAAUGCAAAAGGUGAUGGCUACGACUGGUGGGAUGGGUAUGGGACCAGGUGGCCCAGGAAUGAUUAAUAUCCCACCCAGUAUCCUAAAUAAUCCUAACAUCCCAAAUGAGAUUAUCCAUGCAUUACAGGCUGGAAGACUUGGAAGCACAGUAUUUGUAGCAAAUCUGGAUUAUAAAGUUGGCUGGAAGAAGCUGAAGGAAGUUUUUAGUAUGGCUGGUGUGGUGGUCCGAGCAGACAUUCUUGAGGAUAAAGAUGGAAAAAGUCGUGGAAUAGGCACUGUUACUUUUGAACAGUCCAUUGAAGCUGUGCAAGCUAUAUCUAUGUUUAAUGGUCAACUGCUAUUUGAUAGACCAAUGCACGUGAAAAUGGAUGAGAGGGCCUUACCAAAGGGAGAUUUUUUCCCUCCUGAGCGUCCACAGCAACUUCCCCAUGGGCUUGGUGGUAUUGGCAUGGGGUUGGGCCCAGGAGGACAGCCGAUCGAUGCCAAUCACCUGAAUAAAGGCAUUGGCAUGGGAAACAUAGGACCCGCAGGAAUGGGAAUGGAAGGCAUAGGAUUUGGCAUAAAUAAAAUGGGAGGAAUGGAGGGACCUUUUGGUGGCGGUAUGGAAAACAUGGGUCGAUUUGGCUCUGGGAUGAACAUGGGCAGAAUAAAUGAGAUGGAGCGUGGCUUGGGUGGAGAAUUUGAGAGAGACUUUGCCAGAAACAAGAUGGGAAUGUUUCGAAGCUCUGGACAGCCCCAUGGCAGAGGCUUGGAAAUCCUAAGUAAUGCACUGAAGAGAGGAGAGAUCAUUGCAAAGCAGGGAGGAGGUGGAGGUGGAGGCAGUGUCCCUGGGAUCGAGAGGAUGGGCCCUGGCAUUGACCGCAUUGGGGGUGCCGGCAUGGAGCGCAUGGGCGCAGGCCUGGGCCAUGGCAUGGAUCGCGUGGGCUCCGAAAUUGAGCGCAUGGGCCUGGUCAUGGACCGCAUGGGCUCAGUUGAGCGCAUGGGCUCGGGCAUCGAGCGUAUGGGCCCACUGGGCCUCGACCACAUGGCCUCCAGCAUCGAGCGCAUGGGCCAGACCAUGGAGCGCAUCGGCUCCGGAGUGGAGCGCAUGGGUGCCGGCAUGGGCUUUGGCCUCGAGCGCAUGGCCGCGCCCAUCGACCGCGUGGGCCAGACCAUUGAGCGCAUGGGCUCUGGUGUGGAGCGGAUGGGCCCUGCCAUCGAGCGCAUGGGCCUCAGCAUGGAGCGCAUGGUGCCCGCAGGCAUGGGGGCUGGCCUGGAGCGCAUGGGCCCUGUGAUGGAUCGCAUGGCCACCGGCUUGGAGCGCAUGGGCGCCAACAACCUGGAGCGCAUGGGCCUGGAGCGAAUGGGCGCCAACAGUCUCGAGCGCAUGGGCCUGGAGCGCAUGGGCGCCAACAGCCUGGAGCGCAUGGGUCCUGCCAUGGGUCCGGCCCUAGGCGCUGGCAUUGAGCGCAUGGGCCUGGCCAUGGGUGGCGGUGGCGGUGCCAGCUUUGACCGCGCCAUCGAGAUGGAGCGAGGCAACUUUGGAGGAAGCUUCGCAGGUUCCUUUGGCGGAGCUGGAGGCCAUGCUCCUGGGGUGGCCAGGAAGGCCUGCCAGAUAUUUGUGAGAAAUCUCCCAUUUGACUUUACAUGGAAGAUGCUAAAAGACAAAUUCAACGAAUGUGGCCACGUGCUGUAUGCCGACAUCAAGAUGGAGAACGGGAAGUCCAAGGGGUGCGGUGUGGUUAAGUUUGAGUCGCCAGAGGUGGCUGAGAGAGCCUGCCGGAUGAUGAAUGGGAUGAAGCUGAGUGGCCGAGAGAUUGAUGUUCGAAUUGAUAGAAAUGCUUAAGCAGUUGCCUUUUUUAAACAUCGAUACCAGACCUCUGAAUUUGUAUUUUUUCUUGUUAACCAUUUUAAUUUGUUGGCUGGAUGUAUAAAGAUGUUUAAAAAAUUCAGUUGCUUUUUGGGGUAAUUUGAAUUACUUUUUUAAUGACUGGGGUUCCAUUUGACUGUUUGCAUUGAGAUUGCAAUGUGCGCAAUUUUUUUUGUAGUUGUGGCAUCUUGUUGACAUCGAAUAUGACUUUGAUAAUAAAUACCAGUUCCUGAAAA